UUUGGACAGUAAAAUGUUUAGACAGAAGUUUUAAAUACAACGUUUAACUUGUCUUUUGGCAUUUCGUGUGAAGUUCAGAAGGUGCGUGUACGCUUUUUUUAAUUCGCCCGGCUCAGAAAGUUACUUUUAUGACUUUUUUUGGGUCAAAAGGCUCAAAAGCUAGUUCCGCCUUGCUUUCUCCCUGUGAUGGACAGCAGCGACAAGUGUCAAAAGUAAUCAAGGGUCAACAAGAUACAGGGAAAACAGGUCUCCUGCUUUUUGGAUACAUUUCAACACAAGUUAAACGGUUACCAGAAAAGUGGUGAUGACUGUGUCUUGGCAAAAGGAGUGUCAUUAUCACUUUGCUGUUUAGUUGUCCUGCUGGAACCAGAAGUCACAGCCAAACUGCAGGGACAGCAUUUUUGAAGAUCCAAGAUCAGUGAUCUUCAGUAGAAGAGCUGCUGACUGCUGAGCUUCGGACACUGUGAUGGAAAAUCCUGACGAUGAGGUCGACCUGCAACACAGCACGACAGGGGGUGAAGAAGGAAACUCCGGUGGGGGAACACCUCCAACCAAACGCAAAGGCAAGUUCUCCAAAAUGGGGAGGAUCUUCAAACCCUGGAAAUGGAGAAAGAAGAAGCCAAGUGAGAAGUUCACCGAAACAUCUAUAGCUUUGGAAAGAAAGAUUUCAGUUAGAAAAAGUCGCCAAGAGCUGAUUGCAAGAGGUGUUCUAAAGGACAUCCCAGAGAACGAGAGCAAUGAUGUGAACCACUCUAAAGCUCCACCAGUGAAAAAUGGGCACCCUGUGCCAAUGGAUGUGGACAGGGUGUCAGAACUUGGGGUGCGAGUGUCUCGAGGGGAGUCUGACAUGAAGGUGAAUCCCCCCAGGCUGCCUCAGGGAGAUGAACGGCGAAGCAGGGUGCCGUCUGAUGCCUCCCGAAGCAACCGAGCACCUCUGGAUGUGGACUCUCAUGCGCGGCUUUCUGUGGAUGUGGACAGACGAAGCCGUCUGCCGUCAGAUGUUGACAAGAGAGGAGGAUCUUUACCCCGAGGGCCUCCUCAAGAUGAUAGAUACCAGAGGAGAGAGGAGAGGAGAGAUGGAAAAGAUGACAGGGAAGACAGAGGGAGGAAGGACAGGGAAGACAUGGACAGAAGGGACUGGCGAGAGGAAAGGGAAAGGGAAAAGGAUGGGGGAGUUGACCGGAGGGCAGAUCGAGACCCCAGAGACAGGCGAGAAUGCAGAGAUGACAGAGAGAGGAGAGAUGACAGGACAGACAAUAGGGAAAGGAAAGAUCGUGAGGAGAGAGAACAGAGGGAUCGGGAUGAGAGAGAACGGAGGGAUCGGGACGAGAGGGAACGGAGGGAUCGGGAUGAGAGAGAACGGAGGGAUCGGGACGACAGGGAACGGAGGGAUCGGGAAGAGAGGGAAAGGAGGGAUCGGGACGAGAGGGAGCGCAGAGAUCGUGAGGAGAGAGAAAGGAGAGAUCGGGAUGAGAGGGAGCGCAGAGAUCGUGAGGAGAGACAAAGGAGAGAUCGGGAUGAGAGAGAAAGGAGGGAUCUGGAUGACAGAGACAGGAGGGACCCCAGAGACAGGAGAGACGACAGGGAUCGGCGGGCUGAGAGGGACAGGAGAGAGAACAGAGAUGACAGAAGAGAUGACAGAGAGGACAGAGAUAGGAAAGACAUGCGUGCAGAAAGAGAUGAUAGAAAUAGAAGAGAUGACCGAGACCGACGAGAAGACAGAGAGAGGAAAGAGGAUAGGGACAAAUGGGAUGACUGGGCCAAAAGAAAUGAAAGAGAGCGGCGAGAUGAGCGGGAGAGGAGGGAGGACAAGGAGAGGAGAGAAAAGCCAGAUGACUCAAAGCCGAUAGUCAGGCCUGUCUCUGAGAUGGACUUACGGCCUCCUCUGCAGAAGAGCUCCUCAGAGGAAAACAGGAAAGCUCGCCCUGCCUCAGAGAUUGACCAGAGGAGUACACUGCCCAGAUACACCCCAGCUACAGAGUUCAGAGAGCGCUCAGAGUCUGCUGGUGUCCGCUUCGCCCCUGACCCUCAUCCAACUCAAGAGUCACAGCAGGAUCCUCCCCCACCCAAACAAGCUCUGCUUCCCCCAAAAUUCCUCACUGCUCUUUCCAAUGAGUCCGGCAGGAGUCCAACCCCCUCCUCAUCUUCAUCCUCCUCCUCUUCUUCCUCCUCCUCUUCGUCCUCUGCUCCCAUAGCUGUGGCCAGGCCGCCAAGGACUGUCUCCUUAAUAGUUGACGACACAUCUCGACCCUCCAUCACUGCUCCCUCCUCAGCCGACUCUGACACGCCACCACCUGUCCCUCCCCAUGCCAAGCAGCCUCCUGUCCCUCCACCCAAGCCCACCAACCGCAACAGCAACCCUGCACUGCUCGCUUCCUCAUUGAACAGGGGCUCUAGGGCCAGGCAGCCUUGUUACUGGACCAGCUGGAGACGUCAGAGUGAGCUCGGCCUCUACCUCUCUCUGCCUGUGUACCUGCGGCACAGGGCUGCAGGGACCUGCUCAGCGGAGCUUUCUCAGCCUGGCAGCGGUAUCAUCGUAGUGCCAGCACCUGCUAAGCGCUCUCCACCGACCCCACCAAAAAGAAUGACCCCCGUAACCAAGCGCCACUCUGUGGAUCCUUCCCCUCCGAGUCAGGUCCCAGAGUCUGCUGCCACUGACCCAGCUCCUGCCCCUGUAUCUGCGCCCCCUGCUGUCCUCAGAGGAGAAAGCAGUGAGGACAAAACAAAUGCAACGGCUCCUCAGACCUCCGCUGACCCUUUGCUUUCACCGCCGUCCCACAUACCUCCAUCUCCUCCCAGGGUUCAGUCGCUCCAGCCGCCCAGCGCCACCUCCUCUGGACCUGUGCCCACUGUGCAAACGGAUCCUCCCAGCCCGACCACUGAGCCUCCCAGCCAGCCUCCAGCCAUCCCCCUGCACAUCCUCAUCCAGAGGGCUCUUGCCAGCCCCGGCCCAACUCAGCCCAACCCUGACGGCUCCCAGAGGGCCCACUCAUUACUGUUUGAAUCCCCUCCAGAUUUCCUUGUCGAGGCGGGGGGUAACUCAAGGCAUUCUCUCCCGGUCACCAUCGAACCUCUCAGGCUGCCAGAGGACGAUGACUUUGACAUGGAGGAGGAGAUGCGGAAGCUUCACUCACAGAGACCUUCCCGCCAGCCUGACCUGGAGCCACGCAGCAGGAGGGGUUUGGUUGGAGACCCCAGGGUGAGCGUCAUCCAUGAGGGCGGAGGCCCUGGGGACAGUGAGGAGGAGUCUGACUCUGAUGGCCCCAUCCUGUACAGAGACGACGAUGAUGACGACGAUGACGAGGAAGGCCCUCCAAGUGGGCUGGCGAGUCGUGUGAAGAGGAAGGACACUUUAGCCCUGAAGUUGGAGAGACAGGAGAGACAAGAGAGAGAGGAGAGGGACGCUCAGGAGAACCACGACAACAUGAGUUGGCAGAACAGGGAGCAGUGGGUGGCAGUGAGGAACAAGAUCAGCACCACACUGACACGGCGGCUGAGUCAGAGACCGACAGCAGAAGAGCUGGAGCAGAGGAACAUUCUUCAAGCCAAGAACGAAGCCGAUCGACGGUUAGAGAGAUGUGAGAUCAAACGGAGGCUCACCAGAAAGCUGUCUCAGAGACCCACAGUGGCCGAACUCCAGGCGAGGAAGAUCCUGCGUUUCCAUGAAUACGUCGAGUGCACCCACGCCCACGACUAUGACCGACGAGCUGAUAAACCGUGGACUAAGCUCACUCCUGCUGACAAGGCUGCCAUCCGCAAGGAGCUCAAUGAAUUCAAGAGUUCAGAGAUGGAGGUGCAUGAAGAAAGCAGGAUCUAUACCAGGUUCCAUCGGCCUUAGCUGUCCGUGCUGACCAGUAAAGCACUUAGACCAGGAGUAGAGAGACAGCACAAGGCCCUCUCCCCACUAAGAACUGAACAUGUGGUCCACUUGGUUCGUUCUUUUUUUUUUUUUUUUUUUAACUGACUGCCUGCUAACCUGCUCCAGCUGAAAAUGCCACUGUUCACUGACAAACUGGAACCAAAGCGGAAGAAGCCACAAUCAGUUCAACCACAGCUGGUUCUCAAACAUACUCUGGUUCUUAAGACUGUGGAAUUCAGGACAGGAGGAGUUUGUUUGGCGCCCGGUGCCAACACUAAAAGAGUGAGGAGUCGCUCCUCUAUCCCACUGCUGGGGACUCAAACAGAGUCAGAUUGAACUGAAAGGGUAACUCCUGGAGGGUUAUCAUGUCUCCCUCAGGAGAAACCAUUCUCACCAUGCCUUUACCUGCCUUCAUGAUAUGAUUUCUCCCUUCCUUGCACAACAGGAGGACUGUGCACAUAAAGAGAUAUAGUUACUGUUAGCACUGAUGGUGUUACCACUGAAUGAACCUGGUCUGUCUAAACACUGUUUAUAUGUGCAUAUUUGGUACUACAGGUGUCUGUCCAUAGGUGCCACUCAGCACCAGCCUUACUCCUCAUGUGAUCUAACACACAAGUAAUUUAAAAUGUAGACAAAUGUAAACAACAUGUGAAAGAUGUUGGUACAGCAGCGUGUUUCUUAUUUAAACCUCAGUCUUUGCUCCAUCUGAAUCAACAGCUCAGCUCUGUGUGUAGACCCUCAGAGCACUGACUCCAACCUACUCUCCCAAUGUGUGCAUUUUACUGUAUUGUCUUGAUCAUUUAAAUGAUUAAACUCAUGGAGCACAUAUCACUAAAUUAUCUUCUAAUAAGGCACCUUAUGUUCCUUAAUUGGGUGUAUAGAAAAUUUAAAGUUUUGAACCUCAAAUUUUUUGUUUAUAAUUGAAUUGAAUUAUUCAAGCAGGAAAAUGUACAUAUUUUUAUUUUCCUGCCUGUUUUAUGGUACUUUAUAUAUGCAGGUCAAUAGAUGGCUGCAAUUGUAUAGAUCAAUAUGUAGAUUUGAUUAACUUUAUAUUGUAUAUCUACAGUAAUGCUGACAUGUUUUAAUUGUAAAGUAUUUCUCAAAUGUUAUUUCCGAGUAGUAACGGUACAAAAUUUCUUUUUUCUUUUCCUUUCUUUUGAUACAGAGAUCUUUAAACUUUUUGCAACCACACUGUAUAAAGGAACAAUCCACUCUGAAAUUAAAAGAAUCUGUGAUUUUCAUUUCAA